AUGGCGAGAAACUUCAAUCCGCUUCUGUUCGAAACCUUAAACGUAGGAAAACAUAUAAAAAGCUCCAAAAAGCGUUUCAUGUGGAAAUUUGAGCUUGACGGCAAAGAGCACGUAAUCGACUUAUUUUUAAGUAAGAUUUCUGGGAAAAGAAAGAUUCUCUUAAAUGGAGACAUCAAAAUAGAAGCCAAAAGAUCAUCAUCUUCAUAUGGCAGUUACCCUCUCCGAAUAGGGAGUCACAGUUUAUUACUAUUUGAAUUAGAGGGCAACAUUUUUGACCUUCGUUGCGACAAUAUUUCAUUUGAGGCUGCUCUGAUGAGAAACCGAUCAAAAUCUGAUUUUACAGGCGGAUAUCGGGAUAGAGAACCGAGGGGUGAUACCUAUUCUGGAGGAAAUUGGGAUGAGCAGUAUCGAUCAAGAGGUGAGGCUAGUGAACUGUAUGGAGGUAGGACUGAUUAUAAUAUAGAUACUUAUAAAACAUCUUCCAGAUGGGAAAAAGCUGAAGAGCCUGAAGAUUAUAGAUCUUCCAGAAUUGAUCAGUUUAAAGCUGAAUGGGAAGAAAAUAAAAGAUGGGAGAGAAAAGAAAGAGAAGAAGAAGAGGAAUACCGUAAUUACCCCAAAUAUCAGUCAAAAAGAAGGCAGUCACCAGAUCCAUUGCCAAGAGCAUCAGUUCCUCAAAGAAAUGAGCGAGUUUCAGUUCCAUCUCCGCCUAAGCAGCAAAUUUCUAAAUCAGAACCCAAGGUGGAGUCUCCACCACCUAAGCCUCUUGAUUUACUUGAUGCCCCUCCAGUUCAAAGCUCCCUUCCUGACGAUUUAUUCACAAAACCUUUGCAAUCUUCAGCAAACCAAAACCCUUUAGGAAACCCUUAUUCAAUGUCUAGCAAUCCUUUUGAAUCUGAUCCUUCUACUGAAGAAAGUCCUUUUGGAUUACAGCAGAGCUCUUCUCAAGAGCAGACAUCGCAGCCACCAUUGAUACAACCUCAGCCAGAACAGAAGCCAGAUUUUGACCAUUUUAUUGAUCUUGAUAACUUGCAUUUAGGUGAUGGAUACUCUCCUGCUGUUGCCCGAAAAAUCCAAGAAGCGAAUAAGCCUAUCACAAUUAAUAAUCCAAAUGUGCCUAAUGUACCUUUAAACCAAUUAUUAACAAACAGGCCUCAACAAAACCCAGCGAUGAAUACUAUGGCUGGGAUGAAUCCGAUGAACCCUAUGAAUCCGAUGAAUAACCCCAUGGCUGCAAUGAUGGCAUAUAACCAAUUUAUGACUGGAAUGAUGAUGAACCCUUAUAUGAAUCCUCAGCAGCCAUGCCCAAAAUAA